AUGUCGUACUCGGUCCAACGCUCGGGAGCCACUCGCGCGGCGGUUUCGCGCGCCGAGGUCCCGCGCGCGCGCACGCAGAGCGCACGCGCGGUUCGACGCACCCGUCGCGGCGAAUCCAUCGCGAUGAACGCCAAGGCGUCGCGAUUGGGCGAGAGCGAGGCGAAAGCUCUCGUGGACGCCACCGAAACCUUCAUCUUCGAUUGCGACGGGGUGAUCUGGAAGGGUGAUUCCUUGAUCGAGGGCGUCCCGGAGACGCUCGACUUGUUGCGCUCGAUGGGGAAGCGCCUGAUCUUCGUCACGAAUAACUCCACCAAGUCCCGCGCCGGGUACACGAAGAAGUUCGAGUCGCUCGGCCUCAAGGUGAAUGCGGAAGAAAUUUUCUCUUCCUCGUUCGCCGCGGCGGCUUACCUCGAGUCGAUCGAUUUCAAGAAGAAGGCGUACGUCAUCGGCGAGACGGGCAUCCUUGAGGAGCUCGACAACGUGGGCGUCAAGCACAUCGGCGGCGAGUCCGAUGCCGACAAGCAAGUCACCCUCAAGAGCGGUGAACUCAUGCACCACGAUGAGGACGUGGGCGCCGUGAUCGUCGGAUUUGAUCGAAACAUCAACUACUACAAGAUUCAGUACGCGACUCUUUGCAUUCGCGAGAACCCGGGCUGCAUGUUCAUCGCCACGAACACCGAUGCUGUGACGCACUUAACGGACGCUCAAGAGUGGGCUGGUAACGGUUCCAUGGUUGGUGCGAUCAAGGGUAGCACGAAGAGAGAGCCGAUCGUCGUCGGGAAGCCGGCGGCGUUCAUGUUGGACUACAUCGCGAACAAGUUCAACAUUCGCAAGGAUCAAAUCACCAUGGUCGGCGACCGCCUCGACACAGACAUACUCUUCGGCAACGAUGGUGGCCUGAACACCUUACUCGUGUUGUCUGGCGUGACCACGAAGGAAAUGCUCUGCAGCGACGAUAACACCAUCGCUCCGACGAACUACACGGACAAGCUGGCGGAUUUAUUGUGCGUUGGCAAGGUUCCGGCGUAA